UGUCCUGUUUUUGUUUGGGGUCCCCCUGGGCUCCUUGCCAUUGGUUCUUGUUGCUGGGUCAUGUGGGGGUUGCGUUCAUUGAACGCCGCCUUUCCUUGUUGAUCUUGUUUAUCAUAUUCUUAUGUUUGGAUGGCAUCCCCGUCUUUCUGUUGAUGCCAAUCUUGGUACUUUUCCUUCUAACUCUGAACAUCUUUCUCCUACUACUUAUGUUUCUCGUUUGAAGGAACGCCUUCAAUAUGCUUAUCGGUUAGCUGGCGAUGUUGCCAAGAAGCGGGCUGAUCAAAACAAGAAGCAAUAUGACCGUAGAGUUCGCGAGAACAAAUUGGUUGUAGGCGAUAUUGUUUUGGUCCGAAAAGUCAAUCUUCAAGGUCGACAGAAGCUGGCAGAUAAGUGGGAGAAGGAUCCUUUUGUUAUCAUUGACAUACCAUUUCCUGAGCAACCUGUAUAUAAAGUACAACUUGAGUCUCGAAAAGGUCCUGUCAGAACCCUUCACAGAAAUAUGCUUCUUCCAUUUAUUUCUAUCCCUGAAGAAGAUACAGAUUUACCUGUUGAAACUAAGCCUAAACCAAAACCUAGACGUGUUCCUAUACAGAAAGAGUAUGAUGCUGAUUCUAGCUCUUCUGAAUCAUCAUCUGGUGUAUACAUCAUACCACAGAGGAGAUUUCCAGUUACUCGCAGUCGCAAUACUCGCCUUUAUUAUGGACAUUCUUCUGAUGCUCCUUCUAUUUCUAUCCCUUCAUUUGUUCCCAGGAUUCACCCCAAUCCUGUGACAUAUUCCCCAGACAAUGUCCCAGUUACUCCAGUGAGUGUACCAGUUACUCCAGUAAGUGUUCCAGUUUCUCAAGUAAGUGUUCCAGUUACUCCAGUAACUAUCCCAGUUACUCCAGUAAGUGUUCCAGUUACUCCAGUAAGUGUUCCAGUUACUUCAGUAAGUGUACCAGUUACUCCAGUGAGUAGACCAAGUACUCCAGUGACUAUUCCAGUCAUUCCAGUACAUACGCCCGUUUCAUCUUCACGCCCUAUCCCACGCCCUAGACGUGUGAUACAUCCACCAGAUAGAUAUGGAGAAUGGGUAUAA